AUGAUAUUUAACUGCUUUCUAAAAUAUUGUCUUGUGUUUCUACCGCUAUUUGUCGUUGAAAUAUCCAGUAUCGCCCAAAUAACUUCAUUUUCUAUACAAUCGGAUUAUGCAGUUGAAAGGGAUUUCCUCAAAUUUGUGGCAGACCGUACUGUGACAAUAUAUUUAUUUGGAAACAAUUUGGAAAGCAUUGUCGCUCUCUCUUUCUCCCGGAAACCUGACAGAUACGGUAGAGACUGUGAUGAAGACCGUUUUGGUGAAGCCUUUAAGGCCACAAAUUCGGGCACAGGAGUAAUGAUGUCAGUGUUUUCCCUCCCAUCUGAGAAUUGUCCACACCGUCUGUACAUUUGCUCCAAGCAAGUAAACGAUAACGAAUCAUUGUCGUGGAUCCACGAGGAACCUAUUUCUCCAAGAUUCCUGUCUUGUGAACAAGAGGGUUUCAAUAUUUCUGGGCCUUUGGCCUGGGUUCUGUAUGGCUUUAUGCUAACACUGUCUGCUCUGUUUAGCGGGCUGAAUCUCGGAAUAAUGACUCUCGAUGUUCUAACACUAAAGAUUAUGCAGCAAGCCGGUUCUCCGAGCGAGAAAAAAAUGGCAGCUACUGUUUUCCCAGUUCGUGUCAGGGGCAACUUAAUACUAUGUAGUCUUACCAUGGCAAACGUUGUUGUAAAUGUCAUCAUAUCAAUGCUCUCUGACAGAUUGAUUGGUGGCACCGGCUGGGCGAUAAUUUAUGCCUCUAUUGGAAUUCUUAUUUUUGGUGAAAUAAUUCCGCAAGCAAUAUGCAACCGCUACAGUCUCCUAGUCGCUUCAAAGACAAUCUCAUUCACAAAAUGUGUUUUGUACUUAACUCUCCCUAUUGCAUAUCCCCUAAGUCUUGUUCUUGAUUCGAUCUUUGGCGAAGAUAUGGGGAAAACUUUUACAAGAGCAAAGCUCGCUGAACUUAUUAAACAACAUGGUAAUCUUGGAUUUGUUGACAAGGACGAGGUCAAUAUAAUCACAGGAGCUCUUUCGAUGAACCACAGAACGGUAAAGGAAAUAAUGACACCGAUAGAUGACGUAUAUAUGCUGUCCUCUAAAGCUAUUCUUGACUUUGAAACAACAAAUGACAUAAUUGCCCAUGGAUUCACACGUAUUCCCAUUUUUGAAAACGACAGAAGAAGAGUGAAAUCAGUGCUCAACGUGAAAGAUCUAGCUUUCGUUGAUCCAAAUGAUAAAAUACCUGUGUCCACAAUAUGCAACUUUUACAAAAGAACAUUUAUUACUGUUCCUGCAUCAAAAACUUUGACUGACAUUUUUGAGGAGUUUCGUAAGGGCAAUACGCAUCUUGCUCUAGUCUACGCAGAUUCGCCGAAAUCGGAUACAAAUGCCAAUUUCAAUCGCUUGAUUGGGAUCGUCACUAUGGAGGACGUCAUUGAAGAAAUUAUGCAAGAAGAAAUCAUGGACGAGACUGAUAUUUUUAGUGAGUUUACGUUUUUUAAAACUGAAGCGCAAAAAACGGAUAACAAGAGAACGAAAAAACGAAGUAUGCGAUGUCCUAACAUGGAUCUCUGGCCAAUACUGAAUUUCCAAACUGGCAGCAGAAUAACGCCUCAAUUAAAGCUAGCUGUGCUUCGGCAUCUUGUUGCCAAUACCAUACCAUUCGGACCCAAGUACGCACAUACGCUGAUUCUUCAGGGAUUCCUUAACUGCUCCUUCGCACAAGAAGUGAUGUCGGAUGACACCCAAACGAGAAGUCACGCGAUUUACGAGGCAGGCAAGGAGUCUGCCAAUGCAAUCUUUACUCUCCAGGGCUCUUUGACUGUCGAAUUCCCGGACACUCACCUGCAGUUUGAGGCCGGUGCAUUUACACUUUUCGGUGAAUCAAUACUCGCACGUAAGUCCUCUAGCUUGGCUUCAGCGAGUGAUAUUGGGCAGGAUCGCCAGGCCUCAGAGACCAAUGCACACACACAAGUAGUCGACUUGCUUUCUUCCGGGGCUAUGCAUAAGGCGCCACAUUACCAAGGAAAACGUCAAAGACAGCUACUUGUGAUGUAA